UUAAACUGUCGCUAUAACUUAUAAUUAGUGACAUUUUUUAUGACAAAAUUUUCUAACUGUCGUUGAAAAUUAACAAUUAGGAACGUUUUGAUAAAAAAAUGUCAUUAAUUGUCACAGGACCUAUUGGGUAAUAAGUCUACCUAAUAAGACAUAGGCGUAAGUCUCAAAUAAUUAUCACAUUUUGACACCAAUGCAGUCUGCUAAUUUUGUUUGUUUGUUUUUUAUUUUUUGUUUAUCUCCCGUAGUUAAUAGGAACCUCAUUGGAACGGGUUACAUGUCUACUGAUCAAAAGAAGAAGCUGCUGUGGGGGAAUAAAAAGAGCACUACUGCUGAAGAGUUUGGUCAUCACUGGGAUACAGCUUUGUUUUCUGAUCGGGAACGGCAAGAAAAAUUCAACAAACUCAUGGGAGUGAAGGGCGAACUGAAAGUGGAGCACAAACCCGACAACCAAGAAGAAAAAAAGGCAAGAAAAAUUCAAAAAAUUCAUGGGAGUGAAGGGCGAACUGAAAGUGGAGCACAAACCCGACAACCAAGAAAGCAGCGGCCUCCAAGCCGAGAAGCAGAAGGAACUACAACUGGAUUUGAAAAAUACACUGUUGGACUCCGUCAAAGAGGUGGCUAA